AUGGGAAAGAAGAAGAAAACCCACGGCGAAACCAAAGCCAUAGUUGCAGAAUUCUCAGUCUCAAUGCAUUGCAAUGCAUGCGAAAGAACCGUUGCCAAAGCCAUUUCCAAGCUUAAAGGGGUGGAGAAAUUUACGACAGACAUGAACAACCACAAGGUUGUGGUGAUAGGCAAGAUUGAUCCUCAGAAAGUUUUGAAGAAACUGAGGAAGAAGACCGGGAAGAGAGUGGCAAUUGUGGUAAACGACAAUGAAUUAGAGGCACCUAAAGAUGAUCAUGGAGAAGGGUAUUUGUCCCAACGGGAAAGAGAUUUGAAAGCAGUUGAAAUUUGUAAUUAUUAUAACUCAAUUAACAUGUUUGAUUGUUAUUGCAAGGAUAGCGAGAUGCUCCUAAUGAUGUUUAGCGACGAGAACCCAAAUGCUUGUUGUGUAAUGUAA